AUGGUGACUCUCACGAAUGGGAUACAGUUCUGGACAGUUCCAUACACUGGAACAUACGAGAUCACUGCAGUUGGUGCAGCUGGAGGAUAUGAUAAAUACGGCUUAACUGCUCGAAGUCGUGGGGCUUAUAUGAGGGGUGAAUUUAACUUUGAGAAAGGAGAUGUCAUUAAAAUAUUGGUUGGACAGACAGCUCCAAUGAAUAAUCAACAUUUUUCGUCAGGGGGAGGUGGCGGAUCAUUUGUUGCGAAAUCGUCGAAAACACCACUUAUUAUUGCUGGGGGUGAGGGUGGUGUUGAACAUCUCACAGACAUAAAAGGACUACUGAAUAAUGCGUUCCAUGCCAACUUUACAAGUCUCGGAGCAACUGGUCGUCUUGGUCCUUCAUCCCUGGGCUCCUACUAUGUGGGGAAAGAUAAUGAGAACAUGGUAACUCUCAGAAAUGGGAUACAGUUCUGGACAGUUCCCUACACUGGAACAUACGAGAUCACUGCAGUUGGUGCAGCUGGAGGAUAUGAUGCAUACGGUUCAACUGCUCGAGGUCGUGGGGCUUAUAUGAGGGGUGAAUUUAACUUUCAAAAGAGAGAUGUAAUUAAAAUAUUGGUUGGACAGACAGCUCCCGUAAAUUCUGCGAGUCGGUCGUCAGGGGGAGGUGGCGGGUCAUUUGUAGCGACAUCAUCAAACAUACCGCUUAUUGUUGCUGGGGGCGGAGGUGGCGUUCAAGAUCUCGGGAACAGAAUGGCAAACUGUGAUGCAAAAACAAGAACAUCUGGAAGAAGAAAUCAAUGUGAACACUCGUGUGCCAUUUGGUCAGGGGGGAAGAAUGGGAGUGGCGCAUUAGAAGCAGACAACGAUAACUCAGGUAAUCUCGGAUUCUAUAGACGGAAUUUUCGAAGAGGUUUUCAAUAAACCAUGC